CCACCACUCCUACUACUGCUCCUACUACCAGUGCCCCGAUCCUUGGAUAUUGCAACGACUGAUCUCUCACAUUGAACCAGUCUUUGCCAUGGAAAUUUCGACCGAUCAAAUUCCAGACGGAUGGUCGAACGACCCGCAACACCUCCAGGUGUAUUUCAGGCCCAAUUCGCAAGAGAUGGAAUUCGCGAGAGACCAUGGCCUCGAUAAUGUCUCGCUACUGCUCUUUAAUACACCCGAUACUGGGAGUCUUGGGUUCAUCAUCACGUCGGGGGGGCGUUAUUAUUGGGGUGAUUUGAUGAUUGACCAUCUCUUUGAGAUCACCCAGCCAAAGACUUUCCCAGCGAUUCUACGCCGUCUUGCCCAAGGGGGGAUGACGGCUUUGAGAAUGAAACGGAUGAAGCAGAUACCGCUCGAGGGAGAGAACAAGGACGUCUGAGUCGAUUGAGUCGGCGGAAUAGUCUUUCAAAAUGAAUCUACAUGGAUCAUCUCAUCGUCUUCACAGUCGACGGAAGACGAGCGAAGGUGGUAAAUUCGAAAGUACUGAGGUGACACGAGACCAAGCAUUUCCAAGUCAAAUUGACCCAGUUCCGUCUCUCAACAAAGACCUUCUUGCCAACAUUCAAGUGAGGCGUGUUGUAGCUCCAGUAAACACCCUGUAUAGUCCUCGAGGGGAGAUCUAUAUAAUUCUC